ACCCCUUUGGUUCCACGUGGUCCGCAGCGGCGGGCCGGGGCGGCUCUGGCUGAGGGUGCUGCGCGAGUCGUGGGCACCGGCAUGGCAGGGACCCCGUCCGGCGGUACUGCUCGGUUCUCUUGUCCCCCCAACUUUACUGCGACGCCCCAGGCCUCAGAGUCCACUCGUUUCUCCUUGGAGACGCUGACGAGCCCAGAUACGGAACUGUGGCUUAUCCAGGCUCCUGUAGACUUCGCCCCAGACUGCCUCAAUGGGCGGCUGGUGCCUCUCUCUGGCUUCCAGGUUGUGAAAGGCAAGGUGGCAGGGAAGCGGCACCGCUUCCGGGUCCUCAGCAGCAGCAGCAGCCCCCAAGCUGGAGAAGCAACUCUGCUGGCCCCCUCCGCGGAGGCAGGAGGCGGGCUCACCUGUGCCCCCGCCCCCAAGGGCAGCCUAAGGAUCUUAGAGGGUUCCCACCCAUCCCUAUCAGGGACCCUACUGUACCCCAUUCCCACAAGCCCUCCACCACAGAUUCCCCCUGGCCUGAGGCCUCGGUUCUGUGCCUUUGGAGGCAGCCUGCCAGUCACAGGGCCAGCAUCAGCGGUGGCACUGAGGUCUCUGGCCUCGGGAAAGAGGAAAAAGAAGAGGCACAUGCUUGAGGCCUCCAUUGCCCAGGAGGCAGUGGAUGGGCAUGGGACCCUGGAGGUGGACACAGCCUGGGGGUCCUCGGAGAUGGAUGUGGGGAAGAGGAAAAAGAAGCAGCAGCAGUUGAAUGAACUGGAGGUGACGAUGCCGGUGGCAACAGAGCCAACGGCUGAGAUGCUGGAACCCCUGGGCGUGCCAUUCCCAUCUGCCAGCAAGAAGAAGAAAAAGAAGCCUAAAGGGAUGGAAACAGCGAUGCCGGAGCCAGAAGAAGAGAAGACUGUGGAGCUGGAACUCACAGUUAAAACCGAGCCUCUGCAAGAUACAGUCCUGUCCCCCACCAAGAAGAAGAGACAGAUAGGGACAGAAAGGAUAGAGCCAGUGGAGGGGGAGAGGGUUGAGCUACAGGUGAAGGAGGAACCUCAGGAGGAAGCCAUCCCACUGCCAUCCUCCAAGAAAAAGAAGAAAAAAGGAAAGGAGUGCAAAGCGCUGAUGGAGCUGGGGGCUGAGGCUAUGGAGCCGGAUGGGAGACCUCUGGGGGCCUGGGGGGAGAUGGAGCCUGAACCAGCACAUGAGAUUGAGCCAUGGGCUGAGGCGGCUCUGGCACCCACCAAAAAGAGGAAGAAAGAAAAAUGGCAAAACACAAUGAUGGAACCAAAGACACAGGUGGUGGAGCCCCAGCUGCCAGGUGACCUUGAGCCUCAGGCAGCACAAGCAUCCACCAAGAGGAAGAAGGACAGAGAGCACAGAGCGACAGAGCCAGGGCUUCAGACUGCUGACCCACAGGGCAAGGCGAUGGAGCCUGAGGCCAGGGCAGAUCCAGCAUCCACCAAGAAGCAGAAGAAGCGGCGCUUGGAAAGCGAGGUGCCAGCGACAGCUUCCCAGGAGGAGAUGCCAGAGCUGCCACUGAACCCGGAGUCUGGGGAGGUGGCACCCCCGGGACGGGAGAAGAAGCGGAAGAAGAAGCUUCUGCAGGAUCCUGCAUAGUCUCCUGGGA